AAUUCAAACAACUUAUUUCGUGUGUAUUGCAAUGUUUAUCAUUACUUUGCGUGAAUAAUCAAGUAAGUUCAGAGAAAAUGGGAGUGUCGCUUUUCUCUGGAACUAUCGGUCACAAUUCCAGUAAGACUUUCCCAAAUGAGGAAGUACGCCCGCACAUAUUCGAGUUGGAUCACAACUGCAGCAAAGUGUCCUCUCGGAUCAAAAGAGAAAGGAAAAAGAGACCAUUGCUUUUUUUUUCUGAAAAUGUUUGCUAUUCUUUUUCUUCAUGUUGGAACCAUUGCAACCUCAGCAGCUCUCCCUGGAGUGAAUCUUGAUUGUACCAACAAUCAUGAGAGGCUGAUGACAUGUCACUUUGAGGCUCAAAAUUGCACUGACUACAACGUGCCUCUCUGGAGCCACGAAGGGUAUGGUGAGCGCUACUGUCUUCCUGUUCAGUCUGCGAGUGGAAAAUGUCGCUGCUCCGUCGAUAUGACUCUGGUUUCAGACGAGACUCACCUGGCAUCUCUUCAGAGAGGCGGAAAAGAUGUGGAAUCCAAAAACAUCACGGUUAAAAACCACGUAAAACCCAACGCCCCAACAAUCGUCUCAGUGAAGGAGUCAAAUGGGAAUGUUGUAGUGAAGUGGCGGUCAAACAUCAAUAGAGACAGUUUAAGGGAAGACAUGAUGACAAAUGUGACGUAUCGCAAAGAAGGAGACACAAAAGAGGUGUCUCAAAUUGUCAGGGUUCUAACAGCAGAUGAGCCGUGUUACCUUGAAAUACUCGGUGAACACUUGGCGCCCAGCACAACAUAUGUGGUCACCGCGCAGAAUUUUCUGGAAUGGGGAUACCAGCCGAGCGACCGCAGCGAGGAGUACAAAUUUACGAGCCCACCAUCACCUCAGCGCUUACUAGUGGCAGUCAUCGUCAGCCUCAGCCUGGUAGCCGUCAUUGCCACCUGUGCGACGUAUGGCUGUUAUGUGAAGUGUCGAGCCAAGUACUGGGACUCGGUCGGCGAUUAUCAAAAUUCCAAACUUCUCGAUUUAAAUCGUAGUGAACAAGAGGUUUUGAAGCCUACAGCGCCCAUCAUCUCAUCUAUCUAUGUUGAGCCGCCCACAGAUGACAUCAAAUCAUGGUCAAAAGGUUCCAGCACAGAGAACCUCCUUCAGAGCAGCGGAAUCAGCAGCGGCCCGUCUUCUCUCAGUGGCACAUGCACAGAAGCUGUUGACAUUAUCACGGGUGUCCAGGAGGCGAUCAGCAAAGCCCUGAUGAACAUCAGCCCAAUGUCACUGUCGACCAACCAUCCCCUAACCAGUAGUCUACCGCCCGCUCCCCUCAGUCCCUACAAUCGCAAGCAAUAUUUAGGUUCAUACGAAUGUGACAAUACAACAACAUACUCCUCCAUCGUGCCAAGCUGUCCACCUCAGAUGAAGACCGAACAGUCCCAGUCUGGAACAAUGUGUCAAUUUGAGUACCAAGAAGCAAGUGUCACGUCCACCUGCCCCGACAAGCAAGCGUCGUCUUGCGAAGACAUCGCAUUACCAACCAUGGUUUCGUCUUACUUACUGACUGGCACGUCUUGCAGGCAGGGCACUCGAGACUCUCUGAGAUUUUCACACUCUGACGAGUCUCUCAACUGCAGCAAAGCGAGCCUGAAUGGAGACGUCGAAUCCAAAACAAGGGACGGACACAAGAGCCUCAAGCAGAUGUUGGCAGGUGAUGAUGACAGCAGUCUUCCGGUCUGUAGCAACUACCAAACGUUUCAGGGUUUAAGGAUGCACUCUGGCAUUUUGUUUGCUGACUUGAAAAGUAGUGGAAAAGGUGAAAACUCUGGGAAGUUUCCACAAAAAACAGAAGAUGCCAUUAAAGGUGAUACGGCUGACAGCUUCACCAUUGCAAGAUCACAAGAGAGUCUUCUGGUGCAUGGCGACUACCGAGCAUUUCAGGGUUUAAUGAAACAGCCUGGUGCUAAGAUUGCAGAUCAGAGAAGUGUUGGCAAAGAAGAAGACUUGGAGAAAUUUCUAGAAACAACAGAAGAUGCCAGUAAAAGCAAUAAGGUUGACAACUUCAUGCUUGCAAGAUCACAAGAGAGUCUUCUGGUGCUUGGCGACUACCAAGCAUUUCAGGUUUUAGUGAAACAGCCUGAUGCUAAGAUUGCAGACCAAAAAUGUGCUGGCAAAGAUGAAGACUUGGAGAAGUUUCUAGAAACAACAGAAGAUGCCAGUAAAGGUGAUAAAGCUGACAGCUUCAUGCUCGCAAGAUCACAAGAUAGUCUUCCAGGAGAUGGCGACUACCGAGCAUUACAAGGUUUAGAGAAGCUGCCUGGUACUAAGAUUGCUGACUGGAAAAAUAGCAAGACAAAAAAAGAUUUGAAGUUUCUAGAAAAAACAUCAGAAGAAGCCAGUAAAAGUAAAAAGGCUGACGGCUUCAUGCUCGGAAGGUCACAAGACAGUCUUCCAGUCGAUGGCGACUACAAAGUAUUGCAGGGUUUAGUGAAGCUGCCUUGUUCUAUGACUGCACACCAGAAACGUAUUGGGAAAGAAGAACACUUGGAGAAGUUUCGAGAAAAAACAUCAGAAAACGCCAGUAAAGGUGAUAAGUCUGACAGCUUCAUGCUCGCAAGAUCAGACGCUAGUCUUCUAGUGGAGGACAAAGCAUUGCAUGGUUUAGUGAAGCAUUCUGGAAAUACGUUUGGAGCGCAGAAAAGUACUGUAAGAGAAGAAGAAUUGAAGUUUCUUGACUCAGUGUCACGUCACAUGCAGACGCCUUUUUUGCUUGCUACUGACCAGCAGCAUGAAAUUAUCACUGUGAGCGGUUACAAAAAUGUGUAGCAUGUUGCUUAUUUAAUGCUUUUGAUCUUUUGCGUAUUUUUUACUUUACGGUACAUUGUGUGUGUGUUUGUUUGUGACUACCUGGAGCACUUUAUGUGAGAACUUGUUGCCUGCUAGACAAUGACAUUUGGAGAGGAUCUACUCAAUGAUAUCAACUAGAACGUCACUCAGUGGAUGCAGACUUCAACCACGUAUGACAACCCUAAUUGGAAAAAGCCCAUCCCUCACUCCCAAACAACCAAUGCCAAAUAUAACCUUCCUGGUUAAUGUAAAAGCUCCAUUUUUUUUUGCUGUGCAGUUUUUUGUUAUUGACUGAUCAGAGUCAACAUUAUUUGAAUAUGUAUUUGUUAAUUAUGUUGCUGGUAAUGCAUCCAUCCAUUUUUAUACCACUUGACCCUCACUGGGGUCACAGGUGAGCUGGAGUCUAUCCCAGUUGACUUUGCGUUCAAAGGCGCACAUCAAAACGUAUGUUCUUUUUUUUGUAUUUAUUGAGUGAAAAGCACAAUUGACGUCCUCGUUCCUGUCUAAGCCUUCUGGCAACAUGGCCCAUCCCAAAUAGCAUCAUUAAAAAUGGUGCUAAGAAGGAUUACCCUCAAUACUUCUCAGAUGGAAACGUUAAAAAAUGACAAUAUGAAUGAAGUAGUUGAAAGCUUCAAAAACUACUGUGUAAAAUGUUGGACACAAUCUGGAAGAAAAGAUUUGAGAUCCUCGGUCAGUUAAGGGCUUAAAUGACACCAUAGACUGAAAUCCCUACUCGAAAUAAGGAAAUAAUGAAAAUUGUGAAAAAAUAUAAAUCCAAGACCUCAACUAACUAUAACGGAAUUUAUAUGGAAACGAUGAAAAAAGUUUUUUAAAGAGAUUUGAGAACCUUUAAUGUAUUCAAACUUAAAUUCCAAAACAAAAUGAAAAAAAUUAAAGGUUGUACUGAUUUAUAAGACUGGAGGCAAACACCAAUUUAAAAAUUACAGACCUGUUUCUUUACUUCCACAAUUUUCUAAAAUAAUUUAAAAACUAUUCAACAACGGAUUGGACAAAUUCAUAAGUAGAAGGGGAACACUCGCGGACAGCCAGUACAGAUACAGAGCCAACAUCGAUGGCAUCAAUCGAAAUAACAGAAGAUAGAGUAUUACCAAUGCAAUAGAUAGUAAACUGUGCAGCUGCAGUGUUUGUUGAUGUAUCAAAAACAUUCAACACAAUUAAUCCUAUUAUCUUAAUUAACAAAUCAGAACGGUGUGGCAUCAGAGGGGUGGUCUUGAACUGGGUAAGAAGCUACUUAACCAACAGGAAGCAAUACGUGAAGAUAGACAAACACACGUUAACAGAGUAAAUUAAUCUUGUGGCGUACCUCAGGGAUCAAUACUGGGACCAAAAUUAUUUGCAGACGACACAACUGCAUUUUGUUCAGGAGAGAACACACAGAAGAUAAUACAAAUAAUAACAGAAGAAAUAAACAAAUUAAAAAGAUGGUUUGACAAAAACAGAUUAUCAUUGAAGUGCUUCUUCCUACUCCUUUUCAGACAAGUUGUAAUGAGAAAAUGUAAAAAAAUACAAACCCAGUUUCCAUAUGAGUUGGGAAAUUGUGUUGGAUGUAAAUAUGAACGGAAUACAAUGAUUUGUAAAUCAUUAUCAACACAUAUUCAGUUGAAUAUGCUACAAAGACAACAUAUUUGAUGUUCAAACUGAUAAACAUUUUUUUUUUUUGCAAAUAAUCAUUAACUUUAGAAUUUGAUGCCAGCAACACGUGACAAAGAAGUUGGGAAAGGUGGCAAUAAAUACUGAUAAAGUUGAGGAAUGCUCAUCAAACACUUAUUUGGAACAUCCCACAGGUGAACAGGCAAAUUGGGAACAGGUGGGUGCCAUGAUUGGGUAUAAAAGUAGAUUCCAUGAAAUGCUCAGUCAUUCACAAACAAGGAUAGGGCGAGGGUCACCACUUUGUCAACAAAUGCGUGAGCAAAUUGUUGAAGAGUUUAAGAAAAACCUUUCUCAACCAGCUAUUGCAAGGAAUUUAGGGAUUUCACCAUCUACGGUCCCUAAUAUCAUCAAAGGGUUCAGAGAAUCUGGAGAAAUCACUGCACGUAUGCAGCUAAGCCCGUGACCUUCGAUCCCUCAGGCUGUACUGCAUCAUCAAGCGACAUCAGUGUGUAAAGGAUAUCACCACAUGGGCUCAGGAACACUUCAGAAAACCACUGUCAGUAACUACAGUUGGUCGCUACAUCUGUAAGUGCAAGUUAAAACUCUCCUAUGAAAGGCGAAAACCGUUUAUCUACAACACCCAGAAACGCCGUCUGCUUCGCUGGGCCUGAGCUCAUCUAAGAUGGACUGAUACAAAGUGGAAAAGUGUUCUGUGGUCUGACGAGUCCACAAUUCAAAUUGUUUUUGGAAACUGUGGACGUCUUGUCCUCCGGACCAAAGAGGAAAAGAACCAUCCGGAUUGUUAUAGGCGCAAAGUUGAAAAGCCAGCAUGUGUGAUGGUAUGGGGGUGUAUUAGUGCCCAAGACAUGGGUAACUUACACAUCUGUGAAGGCACCAUU